AUGGCGACACAUAACGCUACAGAUUACAAGAAUCAAAAUCACCUUGUCCAGAAAGCAACGUUCUCCAAAAUGGUAUCAGGAUUGGACAUAAAACCAGGCUUUAGAUGUCUUGACGUUGGUUGCGGACCUGGUAAUUUUACUAAACUUUUAGUUGAUCUUGUGGGAAAGAAUGGAUAUAUCCUUGGCAUUGAUCCUGAUGAAGACAGGAUUAGUCUUGCGAAAGAAACAAAUUCUCAUAUCUCAAACUUAGAUUUUUUGUGCAUAUCUGGUGGACAUUUGCCGACUGAUCUUCCAAAGUUUGAUGUUGUUUAUUCAAGUAGCGUUCUGCAUUGGAUGACAGACGAAGAAAAGUGGGAAACUUUUCAACGUAUUUUCAGGUUAAUGAAACCUGGAGGUACAUUCGCCUUUGUUACUGUUUUGGAAUUGCCCUAUGCUAUAAAGGAGGUUUUUCGUUACGUUGAAGAUAGGCGCACCGUUCCUCACUUUCUGUAUACAGAAUUCCCCAGCGUUUUAAAGUAUAAACAAAAACUAGCAGAGUAUGGAUUCGAAGUUGUAGAUAUACAAGCUUUAGAGCACGCCUCUGUUUUUCACACAACAGAACAGUUUUUAUCAUGGUUAACCGCAACGAUGCAUACUGAAAUUAACUUAGGUGAACUCUGUCAAAAACAUAAAAUUGAUUUAAAAAUUCAAACCAACAAACACGGCGAAUGCACUUUAAACGUCCCUCGCAUUUGGGCUUAUGCAAAGAAACCAAACGCAUUGUUCUGA